UGACAACAAUAGCGAUAAUCCUUCGAACGAUUCUGACACGAAAAUCGAAGACAUCACUAUGGAUAAUGAUUCUAUGAAUUCGGGUUCUUUCAAUCAGCCCACAUCGUUGAUGGGUUCAAUAUUACCGCCAACAAAUGAACAGCAGGAGGCUUUAGCACUUAAGAAAGCCCUAGAAUGGGAACUUAGUUUAGAUUCACGUGAUUUACGUUCACAUGCUUGGUAUCAUGGUCCUCUGCCACGGCAACGUGCCGAAGAGAUUGUUCAGCGAGAGGGAGAUUUAAUCAGAGACUGUACAUCUCAGCCGCAUAAUUAUGUUUUGACUUGUCGCAGCAAUGGGGCGGUAUUGCAUUUUGUUAUAAAUAAGAUUUUGGUACAACCCGAAACCGUGUAUGAACGCAUACAAUAUCAGUUUGAGGAGGAUGCAUUUGAUGCCAUUCAUCUUAUAACUUUUUAUGUGGGUUCUGGUAAACCCAUUUCUUUGGCUUCUGGAGCUCUUAUACAAUCCUGUAAUCGUAAUUACCCAUUGUCAUUCUAUGGUCACAAGAUCGUAGGAAAUCAAUUGCAUAGCCAAAUGUUGGCAGGUUUAAGAGGACCAAGUCCUCUUAACUCACCCUUAGCAGCAAAUGCAGGAUUUCGUUUCGGUGGUAUGACCUGUUCCGGCAUCAGUCAACAGCAACAAUUGCAUGGAAUGCUACAACAUCAGCAGUCUUUGCCCACCUCCAUAGGACAACCGAUAAUGCAACAACAAAGUCCCAUGUCUUCACCACCACGAGGAAAACUUAAUACCGCACCAAGAUUACCUUCCAAGAAGCAACGUUCCCAAAGUUUAACUCCUGCUCAGGCAAUUGUGGUGUCUAACAUGAAAAAUGCCGAAGCAGGCAACAGUGCUGAUGGGGUAAUACAAGGUGGUACAGGCAUGGAUGCAAUCGUUAAUAGCGGUUCCAUGAAUCAGCUUAACCAAGCCAAUGGUCAGGGUUAUCGUCCUGAUGAGACGUUUAGCCAAUUCGAAAAGAGCAAUAGCAUUUGCGGUUCUCCUAAUGAAACCCAAUUGCACUCUCAUUGAAAUCUAAAUAUGCAUGGUAAAAUACCAACCAAUGGCUUUCAGACUAUAGCUCGUUGUACAGCCAACGAUAUGGUGGAUAAUCAUAUAAAAUUCACCACCCAUUCACUGCCACGACCAGCUACCAAUAAUUUUCGCAACAAUCUUAAUCGUACUUCCAGUUUAGCUAGAGAUUUUAAUGCCGAUUCUUCGGCUAGUAUGUUUUCUAGUUUGGAAAUAAGUAAAAUCCCUGAAUUACCCGAAAAACCACCUAGUCCACCACCAAAACCAAAUCGUAAUGCUGGCCAAACUGGCAGUUUGUCUCGCCCUAACAAGGAGCCAUCGGGUUUAGAACAGCAAUAUCCUUUGCAGAGACAGGGUGGAAUGGCUGGUAUAUAUCAAUUGAGUGGCUCCGAUUCUGGUAAUGGUUCGGGCGAUUCAAUGCCGGGAGAUAUGAAUGAAUUCAUAAUGCAUCGUGGUGUGAUUAUAAAAAAUCCUCGCUUUAUGACCACAUCGGUGUCAUCGGUUACGUUGAAAAGUUUGAGUGAAUUUGAUGUAGAGGCAGCAGAGGAUCAGCUAUUUACUCUAGAAAUACCUUCUUUUAAAGGGACCUCCAAAUUUGAUGUGGAGAAUUUCAGCACUCUUCUUUUGCCUUCGUGCGAAAACAACCCCUUGGAUGGUGAUGCCUUGAAUACUUUUAAAAUCAUGUUACUGGAAACUGGUCCCAAAAUGUUGGCCGAACAUAUAACACGCAUAGAUAUUGGCCUGCUAAUAGAAGAACCCAAUUCGGAACCCGAGUCAGAAAGCAAUAAUUGUAAUAAUAUUUUUGAUUACUCCGGUCUGGAAAUGUUGACUCUGCCACAGGGUAAAAUAUUUCGCAAAGAUAUAGUAGAGCGUACGCAAUGCUUAAAAUUAAUGGUGGCCGUAACAAUACUCACCUGUCAAACAGAUUUAGAUCGUGCCGAAAUAUUAAGUAAAUGGAUACAAGUAGCGGUAGAGACGAAGACUGCUUUGGGAAAUCUAUUUGGAUUUUCCACCAUAAUGUUGGGUUUGUGUAUGCCUCAAAUUCAAAAACUCACUUCAGCUUGGCAUUUGCUACGUCAAAAGUAUACCGAUGAUGCUUUUAUGUUCGAGGCCAAACUUAGACCCACCUUAACCAGUAUGAAUGAAUGCUCUAAUCCUCAAGCUCCCAAUACUACGGUACCACAUGUUUUGCUCUAUGCCCUGCUCAUGGAUCGUCCCGUUUUUGAUAUUUUAAAUUUUAACAGUACAACUGAGAAAUCUUCCCUUUACAAUAUGUGUAUUACAUCGUGGGAAAGUAGAGCCGAUGAUUUUGGAAUGUACAUCAAUUAUGCCCAUUUGGAUUCAUCUCGCAGCUUUCUUAAUAAUUUGAAAAUGUAUCGUAAAAAUUCGAAAAUUAUUUUAGAGGAAUCGAUUUCGAGAUUGGAUGAAUUGUUAAGCGAUGCAUUUAGAACUGAAUUUCACAUAAAAUUUCUAUGGGGUAGUAAAGGUGCUACAGCCACUGCCGAUGAUCGUCAUUCGAAAUUGGAAAAAGUAUUAGCAUUAAUGGCUGAUAGAUUUUGUAAUCCCGAUAAUGGAACAACUACAACUGCCUAAAUAAGAUAAAGAAAAUACUAAAACUAAUUUGUAAAUAAGUAAAUGUUAAAAAAAAAAACAAACUUAAUUUUUAUACGAUAAAAUAUAAAAAAUUUUCAAUAUAAGGGUCAUGUGAUAAUUAAUGAAAA